AUGAGGGAAUUCGAAUUGCAGAGAAUGAAAGAGUCAGAAACAGUCAAGGAAUACUCUGACAGAUUGAUUGGUAUUGUCAACAAGGCUCAGGAACAAAGGAGACCUAUGAGGCAAGAUGGCAUGGUUGAAGGAGCAUUAGUAGCCAGCUACAAAACUCAAAGCAAGUGCAAGAACGGCAAACAACUUGGUCGUGAAGUUGUGAUUUGCAAAAGCAAAUUUCAAAAAGAUGAAACAGUUGCCCAAGUCACUACUGAAGAAGAAGAAGAACACUUAUUUGUGGCAACUUGUUUUUCAACCAAAAAAUCUGAUUUUUGGAUGAUUGAUAGUGGUUGUACAAACCACAUGACAUAUGAAAGAAAUCUUUUUAAAGAGUUCAUUCCUAUGGAAAAUAAGAAAGUCAGAAUUGGGAAUAGUGAUUGUAUUCCUACAAAAGGAAAAGGGUCUGUUUCAAUUAAAACAAAUUCAGGUACAAAAAUAAUUUCAGAUGUUUUUUAUGUGCCUGAUAUUGAUAAAAGUUUGUUUAGUGUUGGUCAGUUAAUAGAAAAAGGAUUUAAAUUAUUAUUUGGAGACAAAUAUUGUCGAAUCUUUGAUUCUACUAAGCAAGAGAUUUUACAAGUUGAAAUGAGAGGUAAAAGUUUCUCAUUUAAUCCAACAGAAGAUGCACAGAAGCCUUGCAUGACAAAGGACGAAUAG